AGAGUCUGCAGGCCGAGGUGUAGAGUCGCUGGGCCGGGUCUGUCUCGGCUCGCAGGAGAGCUGCUGAAGAAGACGGAGGACCGCACGGUUCUUGUGACAUCUGUAUAAAGACAGCGCUGUCCUGGAGACGACAGAAUCGCCACAGCAUUGAGCUAAGGACGGGAGCAGUGGACAGCCGAUGGAAGUGCAGUGCCCUUGGGAAUGGAGCAGUGGGACCCCCUGAGCAGGACAGGACAAUCCCACUGAGAUGCCCCACCCCUCCAGGGCAGAGGGGAUGAAGGGCCUGGAUGAGCGAGCAGGGGCGAGCAGCACGGAGAGGGCCUCCACAGGGGUGCUGAAUGGGAACAGUAUGGCCAGAGACCCGCCGCUCACUCUCCUGGACAGACUGAGGCUCUGUAAGCCUGCAUGGGCCCUGGGAGGCUCCUGGGACAGAGAGAGGGCCCACGCUGCACUGAGGGACCGGCACACAGGGAGUUUCCUGGUGCUGUGUGACUCCGCCACUUGCCCGCACCUCCUUUGUGUGUCUGUAGGGGGCUGCACCGAGUCUGUGAGGGAUUUUGCCAUCGAAUACACCGGCAAAGUGUUUCACCUGCCAGAGUCUCACCUGGGCUUCUCUGACUUGAUCCAGCUGGUGGCCUUCUACACAGUGAGCAGGGACGUGCUACCGUGCUGUCUGUCCAUCCCCACAGCUGUGUACUCUCUCAGUAUGGAGCAGAUGAACCCCCUGGUGGAUCUGGGCCCCAAGUUCUGGUUGGAUCCCUCCUCAGGCCCGAAUGUGGAAUCCAAUCACGUGACCGGCGCCCCACUUCUCCCCCCGACUGGUCUCACCAUGUGUUCGAUACAGGUGACCUCAGCGAAUGGAGCGCUCUGCAUCAUUAACCCUUUGUUUCUCCACGAACACGGAGAUGAUUGGCUCACCAAGCAGUCGCCCCUGGAAACCAGUCAGGCCCCGAGCGCACGGGCAGCCAAUCGCAGGCGAGAAAGGAGGCUGAGCACCACCCGCCCCUGGGGAGGGGCGGGGAUUCAGAACAAGAGAACUUUCUCAGUGGACAAGGAGCAGGAGGUCACUGAGCCCAGCAGUACGGAGAAGGAGCAGGCUUCGGGAGCUCUGCAGUCCCCCCCCUGCUCCCCCGGCUCCGUUCAGGAAGUCGUCCUGAGGAGGAAGACUGAUGCGCUGAGAAGAGGGGGUUCCUCUGACCUCCCGACCCCUGAACUCCUAACCCCUGGCUCCCCAAGCCCAGCCCAGCAGACCGAUGACCCCGGUUCCCGCAGUCCCCCUGCGGAGCCGUCCCAGCGCAACUCGGGGCCCCAGUCGCCCCACCGCGUGUCCUGGAUCGAAGACGGGGUGUGGCUGUCCCCGCCGUCGCCUGUCCACUCCCUGCUGACCCCCCUGGGCUACGAGCUGGACUCCCUGUCCAUCAGCAGCACGGAGGAGGAGAUGGACGUGCUGUGUGGCUCCCUGGGGGGCGCCCCCGCCGGCCCCCCGCACGGCCGCCUCUCGCUGGCCCUGGCGGACAAGGUCAAGCACCGCUUCUCGGCGUUCGGCCAGGUCAUCGGCGGGCUGGUCUCGGCGCAGAAGCGCCUGUCCCACCGCGCGCAGGAGCUGUGUGAGCGGCGCGCCGGCGGCUUCGGGGAGCAGGCCCGCGCCUUCCUCGAGCACGCCCUCAGGGGGUGCGCCCCGCCGGCCUACCCGUCCGGCUCCGAGCUGCUGCAGGACGUCCGGCACAAGCUGACCGGCCUGAGGGAGGCGCUGCUGGACGCCCCCGAGAUCCAGGGCAUCCUGGACAGCCUGGGAGACACGCCGGACUGGGAGCUGGAUGCGAUGCUGGAGCUCACUCUCCACAAGAUCGUUCUCAAGCCCCUCUGUCCUCACCUCUACUCCUGUCUCCACGACUACCGCUCCCGCGACGGCACCCUGCAGCGCCUCUCCGACAACCAGCAGCGCAUGCGGGGGCGGAGCCUGGAGGAGCUGGGCGGGUCCUCCGGGGUGGGCGUGCCCGAUGCGGUCGCCAUGGAGAAGAUCCAGCAGCGCCUCGCUGCCCUGCACCAGGCCUACUCCCCCAGCAAGAAGGUGCAACACCUGCUGAAGAUCUGCAAGAGCAUCUACCAGGCCAUGAGCUCCGGCAGCGGGGCUGUCUAUGGGGCAGAUGACUUCCUGCCCUGUCUCACCUGGGUGUGUCUGCGCAGUGACAUCUCUCAGCUGCAGCUCGACACCGACUACAUGAUGGAGCUGCUGGACCCAGGGCAGCUGCAGGGCGAGGGUGAGAGAAAGCAGGGCAACUGCACACUCACUGGGAUGAAUACACACACUGGGCCAAUGAGGAUCGAGAGGGGGCGGGGUCGGCCUCCGAGCGCCUCCCUCGCGCUCCGCUCGCGCGCGCUCAGGGGCAGUCUCGAGGACGGUGAAGGGGCGCGACUGAGGUAA